AUAUAUGUUAACAAAGUAAUAUUUUUAACGAUGUCACGUUUGAUUGUGAAGAAUCUUCCAAAAAAGAUAACAGAAGAAAAACUUCGAGAAAUUUUUGGCGAAAAGGGCAUUGUCACAGAUGUACAAUUGAAAUAUACUAAAGAUGGAAUAUUUCGUCAAUUUGCAUUCGUUGGUUAUAAAACUCCUGAAGAAGCAGAUGCAGCAGUAAAGUAUUUUCAUAAAAGCUGUAUAAAUACUUCUAAAAUAACCGUCGAACUCUGUGCGGCUUUAGGUGAGUUUUAAUAAAUUUAUAUUAUUAAAAUAUUAUCUAUAUAUAUGGAAUCUGUAUCGCAGGUGACAAUGCAAAAGCCUCAAUCAUGGAGUAAAUAUGCUGCAGAUAGUAGUUCUUUUCAACGGAUAAAUAAAAUUGUUAAGGAAGUUAUAAAGUCGCAUGAUAAUAAAUUAAACUCAACAAAAGACAUUAAGAAAAAACAUGCAGAGGAGUUAGAAAACAAUUAUAGAAAAAGUAUAUUGCAGUAUAAAGAUGAUCCAUUAUUUGUUGAAUUUUUGGAAAGCCAUGCAUCUACAGGAAAUAGAUCUUUACAAGGUACUAAUACCGUUACUGAUUUCCUAAAUAAAUUAAAACAAAGUAAAGAACCAGAGGGAAAGAAUGAACUGGAAAAGAGCAGGUAUGUUAGUGAUGUAGAUAAUUCUGAUAUUAAAGAUAAUUGUGGGGAAACGCCUAAAGAGAAAAUUGCUGUUGAUGAUAAAAUUAGCGAUCUGGAAUACAUGAGGUCUUUAAUGAAUAAAAAUUUUUCUGAAACAGAAGAUGCAAUUAAACCUUUGUCUAAACCCAGAGAGAAAAUGGCUAAGAAAGUUAAAGAAAAAUUGGAUUUGUUUACAGUAAAAGUAAAAGGAUUGUCAUAUUCUAUGAAAAAGAAAGAUGUUAAAGCAUUUUUCAAACCAUUAGUUCCUUAUACGAUCAGACUACCUCCAAAAAUAAAAGGAUUUGCUUAUGUUGGGUUCAAAACUGAAAAGGAUAUGAAAUUAGCAUUAAAUAAAGAUCGCAGUUUUUUAUCUGGAAAACAACUAUUUGUAUAUGAAUAUCAUAAAAAAGAUUCAGAUGCAAAUACAGAUUCUAAUAAUGCUACAGAAGCUAAUAGAAAAUGGAAGCAACAAGAAGAUGCUCUAAAAUCAGAAGAAGAUAUUUCUGAAUCAGGUCGUUUAUUUGUAAGAAAUUUGCCUUAUACAAUUACUGAAGAUGAAUUGCAAAAACAUUUUGAAAAGUAUGGACCAAUUUCUGAGGUAAACUUACCUAUUGAUAAAAUAACUAGAAAGUUAAAAGGAUUUGGAGUUAUUACAUUUUUAAUGCCAGAGCAUGCAGUAAAAGCCUUUUCAGAACUUGACGGCACUGUAUUUGCUGGACGUAUGUUACAUUUAUUGCCAGGCAAGGCAAAACCUACACCCGAUGAGAGCACAGAAGGGCUAACAUUUCAGCAGAAAAAAGCUUUAAAAUUAAAGAAAAGCUCUGGAUCCAUUCAUAACUGGAAUACACUGUUUUUGGGCCAAAACGCAGUUGCUGAUGUUGUAGCAUCAAGUUAUGGCACAUCUAAAGAAGAUGUAUUAAAGGAAAAUGCUGCUGUAAGAUUAGCUUUGGGAGAAACAGAAAUAGUCGCUAACAUGAAAAAAUUUUUAGAAGAUAGUGGCGUGUGUCUUGAUGCUUUCAAUAGGCCGUCGGUAUCUAGAUCUAAAACCAUAAUAUUAGCAAAAAAUUUACCUGCAAACACCACUAGUUACGAAAUAACAAAUAUGUUUAAAAAAUUUGGCCAUCUUGGACGAAUUGUAAUGCCACCAAAUGGCUUGACUGCCCUUAUAGAGUUUCUUGAACCAUCAGAAGCACGCACAGCAUUCACAAAAUUAGCUUAUUCUAAAUUUAAAAAUUUACCCUUAUAUUUAGAAUGGGCUCCUGAGAAUACAUUUUUGCAGCCAUUUAAACCUUCAACUAAUACUAGAAUACAGGAAGUAAUUUCUGAGGAAAAUUCAAAUACUCUUGAACCUGAAAAGAAGGGGGAUGAGCAGCAAGUAUCAUCAUCACAAGCAGAAGAAGUAGAUGAUGAAGAACCCGAAGAAAAUACCACCUUAUUUAUAAAAAAUCUAAACUUUGAGACUAGAGAGCCUGCAAUCAGAGAUGCUUUCAGUAAAUGUGGAAAAAUUCACUGUGUUACAGUUGCCACAAAAAAAGAUCCCAACAAUCCUGGGCAGCGUUUAUCUAUGGGUUAUGGAUUCAUUCAAUUUAAGCAUAAAUCUAGUGCUGACAAUUGUAUUAAAAACAUGCAACAAAUGCAGUUAGAUGGUAAAUCACUGGAGUUAAAACGGUCAGACAGAAUUCUCAAAAAUGAAGAGAAGACCAGUAGAAAAGUAAACAAAACUGCUGAUCAGACAGGAACAAAAAUUUUAGUUAGGAAUAUACCAUUUCAAGCUAAUAAGAAUGAAAUUAUGCAGUUAUUUCAAGCAUUUGGAGAAAUCAAAGCACUUAGAUUGCCUAAAAAGAUGACUCCUGGGGAAAAUCAGCACCGAGGAUUUGCAUUCGUGGACUAUCAUACUAAAUCUGAUGCAAAGCAAGCAUUUGAAUCUCUGUGCCAAAGUACACAUUUGUACGGUCGGAGAUUAAUCUUGGAAUGGGCAGCUGCAGAAGAAGAUGUUGAAGAUAUUAGAAAGCGCACAGCAAAACAUUUUCAUCAAUCUGAGACUAUCAGCAGCAAGAAGGCUUUGAUCGAUGGUUCUAAAAUAGGUUUGCAUGAAAAGUCCAGCUGA